UCUCCGCGCUUCUUCAACGACGUUUAUGAACGAGCGAUGUUCAGCAUUUUAGCUCUCGCGAGUGAAAAUAAUCAGUAAACAUUCUGGCAGGAUGGCUGAAGAUAACCUGGAGGAGAGGAGCGUGGAGGUUUUAGAGAUCCCUGAUAAUGUGGACGACGAUCUGCUGCUGCUUUACUUCGAGAACAAGCGCUCUGGCGGAGGAAGCGUCAUUUUUCUGGAGCGGAGUGGAGACAGGGCUCUGCUGGUGUUCGAACAGCCUGAAGCUGCUGCGAGAGUCGUAUCUAAAGACUCGCACUCACUCAAUAAUGUCAGACUGAUAGUGCGGAGGAAACCCCCAAAGGAUCGUGGGAAGUUUCUGCUGCGGGGGGUCUCCCCCAGCACCAGCCCGGAGAUGGUGGAGCUGUUUGUGGAGAAUCUGAUGGGAGUCGACUCCGAUGAUUACAGUCUGUACCCCUCAGCUGGAAAAGACCUGGUCCUGAUAAACCUCCACACACCUCUUUCUCAGGAUUUUCAGAAAAUUUCUGAGAAAUUUUCCAAAAAGACGCUUGAUGGAGCGAAGGUCACUCUGGAGCAGGUGGAACACACAGACUCUGUUUUGGUGGAGAAUCUGCCCCCUAGUGUUAUGGAGGACAUGCUGAUGCUGUAUUUUGAGAGCAGUCGUAGUGGAGGGGGAGAGGUGAUGGACAUCAGCAGGACGGCUGGAGGAUCCACCAAGAUCACUUUCAAAGAUGUAGAAUGUGUGGACCGUGUGCUCCAGAAGUCCCACAAACUGGAGGAAACGGACUUGAUAAUAAAACCGUUCUUUUCUUUUUUGGAAGCGGAGGGAAUCGAGGCGCCUGUGAGUCUGCAAAACAGGACAAAUCAGCUCUCGGACGAUCAGAACCAGACUGGAGGGAAUUCCCUCACGUCUUUAAACGGUUCUGACCUCAUGACCAGCGCCUCACCACAACCCUCCCAAACAGCUCACCGUCCGGCAGAUUCCAGCCCAGAACCCCAACAAUCUCCCAGUGCAGCCGCUCCAGCCGCUCCAGCAGCAUCUUUAUCCACACCAUCGUCACCAGUAACAGCAACUGCGGUGGCGGAUGCUGAAAAAGACGCAAUGGAGGUGGGGCCAUCGGGUCCAGAACCGCUAGCCUGCCAGAUAUCCGUGUCUGACCCCACCAAGCUCCAGCUAAUCGGCCUUAGUAGCCUGCUGGAUGAUCUCAAAAAGGCUCAUCCUAAUUAUGGCAUCACCUUAGCGCAGGAUGGCGUGCACAUCAAAGGCCAGGGCGGACUCGAGGCUGAGCACCUCAGAAGCAAACUUCUGGAGUUUCUCAGCGGCUUUUCGCAGAUGCAUCUGCCACUGAAUGCUCUGAAAGGCCAGCUUCUCGAAAAGAAAAGCGUGAAAGAUAAAACUGUGGAGCUCCUGAAAGAGCAGGGGCUGCCGUCCGUGUACACGGUGUCAGACGGCGCGGUGAUUGUGACUUCACCGACCAUGCAGAUGGUCAGCCAAGCCUGUGAGACCAUCAAGCGUUCGGUGGUUGAAACCAGUUUGCCGGUGAAACCCAAAUAUGAAAGCAUGCUCUAUUCUCUCGAGUUUCAAGUCUUCGUCCAGUCGCUGGACAUGUGCUGUGCUGAAAUAACGGACUUUGGAGCGACGGUCACCGUGGUAACGUUGAAAGGCUUGGAAGAGGAUAUGAAACAGGUUAUAAUUGAGUUUCUCAGCACACCUGUUCAGAAGGAGGAGGUUCUGAGCAUGGAGCCGGCCAUGCUCAACUACAUCCAGCUCCACCAUCAGCAGCUGCUGUCUGAUAUGAACCAGCUCACCAUCCUGCCUCUGGAGACGGGAGACGGACUGAUGAUCCAGGGGAACGCCAGCGAGUGUCAGAUGGCAGCGGAGGUUUUGGGCAGUGUGGUGUCCUCCACACAUACCAAGAUCAUCACUGUGACCCAGCCGGGCAUCGCCCGCUUCCUGCGGGAGGGUGAGGGCACCAGCAUCCUGGGAGAGAUGACCACCAAGUUUCAGGUCUACAUCAGCCUGGAGAAGGUGCACUGGAAACCUCUGGAGGACGAGGACAUCUUUGAGCUAGCAUGGAAAAUGACGUCUGGCCAGAACUUCUCGCGGGAUUCCUCUGCUCAGGCUUUAACGGCCACUGAGUCGAAGACCAGCAACACCACUGCUGCUGACGAAUACACCACAGCCCGUAUAGAAGAAGCCAGGAGGAUUUUGUCGGUCAUCGAACGUUCUUCUGAGCCAUCCAGUUUGAGAGUGACUGACAUGGAACAGGAAGAGGAUUUAUACUCGGAACCUUCAGCAGACCAGACUGGAGACAGCGCGCCAAUGCAGGCUGAGGAAUCAUCUGGAGCUACAGAUCUGGGUGAGCUUUUUGCCUCAAACCCCUGUAGUUUGGAUGAAGACGCUGAACUUUUAUUGGCUAUUCAGAUGUCCAUGGAGGCCAAUCAAAGGUCAGAUGCGAUUAUAGAAGAAGAUCUACAGAAGGUUCUGGAACUUUCCAGAGGUGAAACCAUGCUGGUUGAUGAGAGCCAAAUGUUGGAGAAGGCUGUCGACGAUUCUCUACAGGAGACCAUUAAAUCGGCCAAUGUUGCUGAGAUCAAGGUUUUUGCUAGCUACACCCACGACCUCAUCAGAGUGGAUAUAGCUUUGGGGAAAAAGGUGGGCCUGAGGCAGUGUGAGGAAAAAGUGGAGCACAAAAGCUUGAGGAAGCUUUCGGUGUACUUUAAGAGGUGCAUGGACCUCGUUAAGAGAAAACACGCCGUGGAGAUCCAAGUCCAGGGCACCACGGCCAUCGUCUCAGGCUUUAAGGACUACGUGUCUGAAGCCCUACCUGAUCUGAAGGAGGUGCUGAAGAGAGCAGCCAACUCAACCACGGACGCUGAGGUUCUGAAGACUGUACAGUGGGUACGGACCGACCAAGGUGGGUCAGGGGCUGUGCCGUAUCCUCCAGACGUCACCGUGUUCAUCGAGAAUGCCUGGAGGAUGAAACGGAGGAAGAUAGACAUCGUGUUCGAUAAUCAGCCCCACACCAUCGACCUGGAGAAGAUGCAGGAGCACAGUGUGUCGUCUGGGAGAUGUGUGGCCAUUGCACGCAAGAUGGUCACUUCGGAGAACUUGAUUACUGAACUGCAAGAUGAUUACAGCCUGCUGUCGGACGUGCCAGACACUUGCAGAGUUGAUGAAGCCUCUGAUGAAUUUCAGGACGUUGUCCGAGAGUUCUACGACAGUAUUCACGAAUACCACAACAAAAUCAAAAUCAUCAAGGUAGAGAAGAUGAUGAACAGCCUGCUGUAUAAUCAAUACAGACUGAAGAAGGCGAGCAUGGAGCAGAGCGCAACCAACCCGCAGGUGGAGCGCACCCUGUUCCACGGCACCAGCGAGAUCAGCGUCAAAGAAAUCUGCGUCCACGGCUUCAACAGGAGCUUCUGCGGGAAAAACGCUACUGUGUACGGGCAGGGCGUGUACUUCGCUGUGGAAUCUGCUCUCUCUGUUUCGGACACGUACUCCCCACCGAACGCCGACGGACACAAGUUUAUUUUUAUGGCCAGAGUGCUGACCGGAGACUUCACCGUGGGGAAACAUGAAAUGAAAGCGGCACCGCUGAAGGAUACUUCCGGAAUACCUGUCCGAUAUCACAGUGUGGUGGAUAAAUUAGAUUCCCCGACUCUGUUUGUUAUCUUUAAUGACACACAGGCUUACCCACAGUAUCUUAUCACAUGCCAGAAGGUUUACGGCUGAUGUCUGAUCCGAACGUCUUUUCCAAAGUUUUUUUUUUAGCCCUAUUCCAACUGGAUUAGUUUUCAAUUUGGAUUAGCUCGUUCAUUAUUACUGUCAGACUGUAAAAACUACGCACACUGCAGAUUCAUACUGGAUUAAAAUCAAUCCACAAUUAUUACCAUCAGACUGUAAAACCUGCAAAACUAAUCCAACUGGAAUAGGGCUUUACAUGCACUAAAAAUGCUUCUAGAUGAUCGUCUGUCUCUCCUUCACAAUUAUGAAGUACAAACGUCGCGGAUUAGUCCCGUUAGGUCUGAUAUUUACUUGAUUUUAUUUGAUUUGUACACAUUCAAUCCUUUUAAAUUGAUUGUAUUCACCUGCAGUUUCACAACAGACGGUUUGCUAAGCAGUGGAGAAAUAAUAUUUCCCAUUACUCAUGUAUUAAUAUAGUAAUGCCUGAAAUUGCUGAUGUACUGAGUUAUUAUUCAGUGAAAUCUUAACAAUCCUGCUGUCUAAAUGAGACACGCCAAAGACUUUUUACCUGUAUAAAAUAAAAAUAUGCCUUACUGUGAGUCUGCUUGGACUGUGCAUCUCAUCAGCACAGCCUCUUCAUCCUUAUCUGCCUUUCUUAAACAUGAAAUUAUAUGCAGUUAUUAUUUUAAGUUUUACUUCUCUAAUUAACCCUGACUUCACUUCUUGACUUGCCCUGUGAUGGUAUUCUGUGAAUGUAGUGUAUGAAUGUUCAAUAAAGUCUACCACUGCUCUCCGGUUCCACCAUAAAUGA